ACUCUUCAAACCGCUUAGCAAGACUGAACCGCUAUGUUCAAGCUUGUUGUUGCUCUCGUGCUCGUUGCCGCGCUCGCCUCCUCGGCGGCAGCCAGCGUGCCGGCAAGCCUCUCGGCCGAUGACGAGGCUAUGUUCCGCGGCCUGCAGGAAAAGUACCUCGGUGUGCUGUGCGACAAGUGCAUGCUCAAGCAGCAGGAGCUGAUGGACGAGUUCGCUGCCCUGAACCGGACUGUGGCCGCCUGCACCGCGCACAUGCAGGCCAAGUCGUGCUCGUUUGGCGUCGACGCCACCGAGGACGCGCUCUGUCUCGACGCUGUUGCCCAGCUCUGCCUCGAUGCCGCCAACGCGGUCGAGCCGGCCCAGACCUGCGCCAGCGUCGGCAUCUGCCAAGCCUCGACUCCGCCGCAGCCCAAGGUUGCCGCCAUCUGGGGCGAGUGCGGCCUGUGCCAGGACACAAUCGGUGAGGGCAUCAAGUUGUCCGAAAAGUACCUCUGCAAGGGCCUCUCCGCCGGCCUCUCCACCUUUUGCGAUGCAGGCGCCCCGAUCUGCGACGCCGUCCUCAACAAGGGCUGCGACAUGCUCGUCCACUGGCUCUGCGACUCGUCGUGCAUGGCUACCUGGGUCUGCCACGGCUUCCACGCCUGCUCCAAGGGUCCUUCGAAGUCGUGCUGCCAUCACUAGCGCCCACCAGUCUCGCCCAGUCAAUCGCAGUUAGCCAGCACGAGCGUGUUGGCUAGCGCCAACGGUAACACACAAUCUUCUUCUCGA